AUGGUCAGGACCUUCUGGGUCAUGAUUUCACUGGCUUCUACUCUCCUCCUUUGGCCAGCUUAUUAUCCUAGCAGCAUACCUGAUGACCCUCUGCAGGUAAUCUCAGACUUUGACAUGACACUGACCAGAUUCGCUCACAACAGCAAGAGAGUUCCCACCACUCACAACAUCUUGGAUAACCGGCUGUUGAUUAAUGAAGACUGCACUAAAAAGAUGAGGGAGCUGUUAAACACUUAUUAUCCCAUAGAGAUCGAUGCUAGCCGGAGUGCUGAGGAGAAACUUCCUCUCAUGGUUGAGUGGUGGACAAAAGUCCACGAGCUGCUGAUUCAGCAGAAGAUCAGAAAAGACACGCUGGCCCGGGCUGUGAAGGAAUCCAGCGCCAUGCUCAGGGAAGGGUACAAAGUAUUUUUCGACCAUCUGGCUGAGCACCAGGUCCCUCUGCUGAUCCUCUCCGCCGGGGUCGGUGAUGUCUUGGAGGAGGUGAUUCGACAGAACCACGUCUUCCAUCCAAAUGUCCACAUCAUCUCCAACUACAUGGACUUUGACCACACUGGGGUGCUGCAAGCCUUUAAAGGUCAACUGAUUCACACCUUUAACAAGAGAGAAGGCGCUCUGUCACAUGCAGCCGGCCUCAGAGAGCUGCAGGGUCGACCCAACGUGCUGCUGCUAGGAGACUCACUGGGAGAUCUGACCAUGGCCGACGGGGUCUCUGAGCCCCAGAACGUCCUCACCGUUGGCUUCCUCAACGACCAGGUGGAGGAGAGGAAGGAGUCUUACGUCAACUCUUUUGACAUCGUCCUGGUGAAGGACGAGACGAUGGACGUUCCAAACGCCAUUCUCAGGUACAUUACCUCGUCGAGAGACAACAAGUAAGACGCACCAGAAGGAUCCAGACUUGACAUCACAAAAAUGCACGGAUUACCUCAUUUACUGCAUUCACGCUGUCGCAUGCUGGACAAUCUCACAGCCUCACUGACCUCAUGACUGAAUAUUUGAACAUCAAAUCACACUCUGGACCUGUGUUCAAUGUAACGCGGUGCAGAUGUUUAAAAACGUACCAUUCUGGUUUCACAGGCACGAACUGGGCUCUGAUUCAAACUGUUUUCUAGUGUUGCAUCUAACUGGCCACGUGUUACCUCAGCAUAAAUCACCGAGCUGCCAGAACAUUAAAACCACAGACAGGUGAAGUUGAUAACACAGGACUCUACAUUCUCAGAGCAGGACUAUGCACUCCACUAAACACUCCACUCAAGAACCAAGCCUACAAACACCCAAGAUCCCAAUCCACUGAGGUGCUAACUCCAUAACCCACAGGAUCCAAACGAUCCGCUUUAUCAGCACAUCCUGUUUUUAUUUGCAGGCUGCCCUGCAGGUAAAAACAACAACAAAAAGAAAAAUCAGUCUGAACCAUUAGCCUGCCAGCCCAUUUUACAAGUGUUCUUUAAAUGACUGUAACCAUGUAACCAUUUGUGCUAGAGACAAAAUUCAGACUGUGCCAGAAAGACGAGAAGACGGAUUUCACUGGGAUAUUUGGUCUGAACACAGACAGCACUUCACAUUACCGCAAUUCCUGAGUCAUGUUGGGAUACAGAAAAUUGGGAUAUAGAAAAUUCAAAUGAUUCCUGAAAGAUGAGAAUUUUUUUUUUUUUAAUUUUACAUCUAAAGUUACAAAAUAAGUCCAGGCGGCCUGUUUUUCAAUCCUAAUAAUUACCCUGUGAUUUAUUUGUUUUUUUUAGGAAGAAGCUGUGUUUUAUGUGUACUGCGUGUUACCUUUGUGUACGCUGUGAGUACUUGAAGUUCAAGUCUAAACAUACUGUGCACAUGAGUUUCUUCAUAGCAUGCUGCUAUGGCAGUGCAGCGAUCAGCCUUUUACCUCUGUGUUUUAAACGUUUUGGAUCUGUGACAGUGGACCUGCUAUGCUAUGGUAGUACUUCACAGCGGGCUGUUGCUGUAUGUUAAAUGCAGUAAGCUUGUUGAGCUUUCUCAAACAUAUCGUGCUCAAAGAUAUGAAGAUGUGCAUGGACUAGCAAGCGUUUAUAUUUAAAUGUACUGUAUAUUUUUUUUCUUAAAUCCAAAGACAAAAAGGAUUUCCUCUUGAUUUUCUAUGCUUAUUAACUAUCAUAAAGCAAUAAUAAGACCCUGUAAGUCUAAUAAUAACAAAUGCAGUUUUAUGUUGUGAAUCA